UGUUGUCACUCGUGGAAUCCAGAGCGAGGACGAUACACUGAACGAAUGGAGGAAAGAAAUAAAUACAGUCGAGAAUCUGUAGCCUUAUCAAGUCGCGUGACACUGAAGGCAGGAUCGUAUAGAAAGAAGAUUCAGAGAAAUAACGACAGAAAAGAAAGCUUUGGGGUCCAACCUGCUUCAAGCCUCACAGCUAUCCUCAGUGCUCCACAGAGCAAAUCAGCAAGUGACAGCUCAGCAGAGAAAAACAAGAUCCAAGACCCAGUAUUCACAUUUCCAUCUUUUUCAGAAGGUAAACCUAUACUGAAAUCCCAAUGGAGAAACGUGGAGUGGACAGAAGAGGAAAAGAAAACCCUGAUGGAGACAAUCAGCUCCUACAGUCCGAGUGGUGUGGACGUGACUCAGGCCCGGGUUCUCCUCUUGGGUCCGGUCAGCUCGGGAAAGUCCAGCUUCAUCAGUUCAAUCCAGUCUGUGUUCAACGGAAGAGUCACCAACCGGGCCAUGGUGGGCAACUUUUCGACCAGCUUCACCAAAAAGCUGCAGUCCUACAACAUCCGUAGUGAGACGGGGGAGAACAUUGACGGACUGGCGCUUUGUGAUGUCAUGGGUGUGGGGGAUGGAGAGAUGACCGGACUGACCCUCCAUGACAUCCUGUCUAUCAUUAAAGGCCAUGUACCUGAGGGACACAAGUUCACCCUGGAUCAGCCGGUGUGCUGUGAGACCGUGGGCUACGUGAAGAGGCCAAGCCUUCAGGACAAAAUCCACUGUGUGGUGUUUGUGGUGGACGCCACUAAAAUCAUGACGUACCCCAAAGGCCUCCGCAGCACCUUCCAACAGCUCCGAGAGUACAUCUGCGACCUGGGUGUGCACCAAGUGGCUCUGCUGACACAUAUAGACAAGAUUUGUGAAGCAACAGCCAAAGAUGCCAGUCAAGUUUACAGGAGCAGCGUGAUUCGGGAGGCGAUGAACAAAGCUGGAGCUCUGCUGGGUAUGUCCACCUCCUACAUCGUUCCGGUGAAGAACUACUCAUCACAGCUGGACCUGGACGUGAACACAGACGUGUUACUUCUCCACGCCGUUGACCACAUCCUGCAGUAUGCUGACCUGUAUUUCCAGGACAAUGCACCAACGUACACAAGAGCAAAGGUUGACGUGGGGCGUGUAUUCCCGUGAAUCUCUGGAAAAUGUCCCGAGUGUUUUUUUUUUUUUUUUUAAAUAAAAUAAAAUAAAAAUAAAGAUAUUUGCAUUUUCACACAAGAAAACUUGUUUAGUUUGUGAGGAUUUUGAAUAUUCCUUAAUUCAGAAUCUACUUUAUGUUUCACAAGUUCACCUUCAUCCAUCUUGGAGACAACAUGACUGAAACCACUGAUCACAUGUAAUUAAAGACGUGAUCUGACAAAAAAAAAAAAAUAAAAUCUAACCAUAAUUCAGACUAACAUUAAAAAUGUUAAAUAUUUUAUUGGUGGGAGUUUCUUAUUAUGAAUUUCUUUUUAUUUGUACGUACAGAAUCGAUCCAAAUGUAAUAAAAAAUAUAGUUACAUUCACUGUUUUUUUAAUUAAACUUCUUAUUUGCCUCAACAUGAAUGACAUUCAUGAUUUUAACUCGAACAUUUACAUGGAUGUUAAAUAAAAUGAUCCUGUGCAAACACCA